GGCCGUUGUCCAUGAAGGUAUUAGGGUCACCGGUGCCACUUCGGUUGAUCUCAACAUUUCGGAGAUCCACUGACCUCAACAACGGCAUUAACUUUCUUGUAUUCGCCCGCUCGCAUCUCAAUAUUCAACACCGGCCUUCCACGACCUCGAAUUCAUAAAUCUAACCUUCCUCACUCCUAUCUCCCCAAUCCGAGAAUCCGCCAUCGCCCACAAUGGCGCGGUUUCCGCCCACCCGCCAUCUCCGCACCACCCUCCGCCAACUCCGAACCUACACUUCCUCCUCCGCCUCCCAACCAACCCUCCUCCCCUCCGUCCUCCAACUCCUCCACACCAACCACAUUCCCGACUCCGACAUCCCCAAGAUCCCCGCCACCGGCCCCAACAACCGCCUCCUUAAAGGCGACGUCCUCGCCUACCUAGGACACAUCCCUUCCGCCCGCCCCGCUGAACAAUCCCAACAGCUCGCCAAACUCAGCCACCUGGACCUCACCAACAUCAAGCUCGCGCCUGCCCCGAUUAAAGAAGCUACACCUGCCCCGCCGCCCGACGUCCAACCUGCUGCCGAGGAACCCACCCAGCUCGCCCUCCCCAUCUCCCUCGCCGCCGUACUCGCCUGCCAGAAGAAGCUGCAGGACGCCCUCGGUGUGACGCUGCCGCUGUCGACGUUCCUCACGCGUGCCGUCGAGCUGGCGAACGAGAGCCUGCCGCGGAAGCGCGCACCGCCGACCGCCGACGAACUUUUCGAUGCGGUGAUCGGCGCGGAGAAGAUCGUGCAUGGGGAGAGGGGGAACUUCGUGCCGGAUGUGUUGGUUGAACCAUUUGCGGCGGGGCGGAGGACGCAGAGACCGGUGGAUAUAAUUGAUGAGUUGGCGGGGAGGGUGGCGGCAAAGGGGAAAGAGGCGGUCCCGAGUGCGGGUGUGGGGCGCGGGGCGGAGAAUGUGUUUAGUGUCACAGUCGAUGAGGCGAACCUCAAGCGAGGGGAGACGUUUCUGCAGCGGAUGAAGGCCAUCUUGGAGAAGGAGCCAGGGCGGUUGGUGCUCUGAUGCCACAAUACAUCCCAACCAAACCCGUACGUUUUUGGAGGCACCAAUCGAUAGAUCUGGAUUGGCGUUGGCGCAAGUCAGGGGAUAUAUUUGGCACGUAGCGUAGUGUAACCAUAGCUGGCAUUAAGGCCGAACCGAAGAAGCAUAUCGUAACGAAACUCGGGUGCCACGAGCCAUCAUGUCCAGCGGAACAGUUGAAAAUCGUAAUCGUAACUAACUCUAUACAAGCAGACGCUGUCCGAGAUCACAGGCACUCGCAAGGACCUCGCCGGGUUCCGAUAGACUGC